CGGGGCGCGCCACGCUCUGGACUGACGUAGGAGGCGCGCGUCGCUUCGGCGGCGGCUGGCGGGGUGUGGGCGCCAUGGAGCGGUACUCCGGCGCCUUGGAGGAGGCGGUGGACGGAGCCCGGCAGCAGGAGCGGCACUACCAGUUGCUGUCGGCGCUGCAGGGCCUGGUCAAGGAGUUGCCCAGCUCCUUCCAGCAGCGCCUGUCCUACACCACGCUCAGCGACCUGGCCCUGGCGCUCCUCGACGGCACCGUGUUCGAGAUCGUGCAGGGGCUGCUGGACAUCCAGCACCUCACCGAGAAGAGCCUGUACAACCAGCGCCUGCGGCUGCAGAACGAGCACCGAGUGCUCAGGCAGGCGCUGCGGCAGAAACACCAGGAAGCCCAGCAGGCCUGCCGGCCCCACAACCUGCCUGUGCUCCAGGCGGCCCAGCAGCGCGAGCUAGAGGCGGUGGAGCACCGGAUCCGUGAGGAGCAGCGGGCGAUGGACCAGAAGAUUGUCCUGGAGCUGGACCGGAAGGUGGCGGACCAGCAGAGCACACUGGAGAAGGCAGGGGUUGCCGGCUUCUAUGUGACCACCAACCCGCAGGAGCUGACGCUACAGAUGAACCUAUUGGAACUCAUCCGGAAGCUGCAGCAGAGGGGCUGCCAGGUGGGGAAGGCGGCACUAUGACCAGGCAGGGUUCCUGCCAGUGACCCGCUGCCCAUCUUGGCUGGGAAGACAGCCCUGUCCCACAGUCACCAAAGGCAGCAGAAAGCUGAGUGGCGCUCAUCUUCCUGAAGUCUGGCCACCACCUUCCCAGCUGCUUGCAGGAGGGGCACCCCGUGAGGAGAAGCUAGGUGGACCUGGGCUGCGUCUGCUACCCACCUUCACCUGGGCUUUUUUGUCCAAAGCUAGGGUGGGAAGGUAAAGGGAAGAGUGGGCUCAGCCUUCCGACUGUCUGCCCCAGGCUUCUGAUGUGUUCUGCUCUCAGCCCCUCCCUUGGCAGGUGCAGCCCCCGAGUGGGAAAGGCUCAUGAGCUGUAUGUGACCCCGAGAAAUAAAGAUGCCUCAGCAUGGCCUGCAUGUGGCUUGCAUGACA